UUUUAUACUUUUUAUUAUUAUUUAUUAUUUUGGCAAUAUUUAGCCUAGUCUAUCUAAGAUGAGUAGUUGAUUGAAGAAUAUAAUCAAACUGAUGAAUCUUUGGGUUUUACACAGUUGGUUGAACGAAACAAUACAAGUAAAGGUGUCAUCUUUGGAUCUGAGUUGUAAGGGUUAUUUUUUGUCUUGUAACCUAUAAUGAAAAUUAGUUAAAGCUCUAAUUUAGACCAUUAUGUGACACUUGAAAUCUCACAAAACUGAUAAGUAUCAGUCUACCAUGAAUACUUUUUUGUAAGUGUGAUUGUUUGUGUUUGUUUGGUACUUUUGUGGAACAAGUUUUGCUGUUCAUCCUUCCAUGCCCUUCAUCGCCCCUCACACCCCUCUUGCCACCCUGCCCAGCAGCAACUCUAACAAUAUCCCCCUGUAAUUAUGUAGCUUCAGGGCAGUAGAAGGAGGGUGUCGGGUCAGGUGGCUCAUUGAUCUCACGUGUCAAUGAAGGCUGAGCCAAGCCAGCUCUGCCAGACACAAAAACACCCUCCAGCCACGCAGUGGAGUCAAAUCUCCUUUUGACAAGUUGGGACUAACCAAAAAGUUCCUCUUUAAUUGUAUAAGUCUAAUUGUAUGAGUAUUUUUGGUCUCACAAAGCUCUGAAAGGGUCAAUGUUUGCUGCUUUGGGAUUGCCUUAAAUAUCUGACAGUGUGGCUUAAAGAAGGAUCAGCUUGUAAUUUGAUAUCAGAGCUGAUAUAUUCAUCUUGGCAUUGGAUAUUCUGCACAAAACAGACUCCUCGAUAGCUCCUGAGGACUUGGUGGGCUGUCCUCAGCUCCCACAGCGACCUCAGGGGACUCCUACAACUCUCACACUACUGGAGGAAGAGGUUAAACCUAAUUGAGUCUACCCUGUAGUAUCAAGGCUCUCAGCAACGACUCAGCCCUUCCUCUUUCCUGCAAACGAGUGAGUGAGUGACUGACUGACAGAGAAGAAGAGUCACAAAGUUACUGUUAAAGUUUCUCGUCGGAUCUCCUGUUUUCUCCAGGGACAAUUUGGAACUGUGCUGCUAAAGACCCUUACAGGAAUGUAGUCAAGGACACAUCUGGGAUUAGUUUGGUUAUUUACAACAACAAGCCAGAGAGAGAAGAGGAAUAACUGUGGAAAAUCUUCAGUGCAGUGAGUCUUCAGUUACAACAGCUCCCUUUCUACUCCUUCCUCCAGAGAGACUAAAUGAAUAUCACACUCCUGUCAGCCUUGUCGAGGCUUGCCUGGGACCUCAGUGGAAGAACUCUGCAACAUUCCUCAGUGAUUUUUCCUGCAUCUUGAAACGCCGAGCAUUAAUCAGAUCCAUCUGACAAUAUCAGUUUUGUUUUUGUGUCUUACCUGGAAUUCCUUUAGUUUUGCCACGGUUCAAAACCUCAUGGAGUCAAUACAGAACAACACCACCACUGAUGGUUCAUGGGAGAAACGUAACAGAUUGAGUUACAGAGUUCAAGAAUCUUCAUAAGAUGUGCAAGCUAUUUUCUUUACAGUCCAGAGUGUCUCAUAUGAGUCAGGAGCUCAGGGGACAAUGAACAAAGACCUCCGAUUGGCGAGGAAAGGGGCGCCGUCUGGUUUCGGACACGGUCGGAGACACUCGUGCUUGGGUUUUGAUGUGGAGAAUGGCCUGUCGGUGGGUCGCAGUCCACUGGACUCUCAGACUAGCCCGGGUUCUGGUCUGGUACUUCAGGCCAACUUCCCCCACAGUCAGCGCCGUGAGUCUUUCCUCUACCGCUCCGACUCAGACUUCGACCUUUCGCCCAAAACCAUGUCCCGCAACUCAUCCACUGCCAGCGACCUGGAGGAGGGACUGAAACAUUGGGAAGUCAAUUGGCUACCUCGGCAUGGAGAAGACAUGAUAGUGACUCCAUUUGCACAGGUUCUUGCCAGUCUGCGAACAGUGAGAAGUAACUUUGCAGUUCUAACACAUCUGCAAGAUCGUGUGGGAAGCAAGCGGCCGUCAACCAGCAACCAGCCAUCUAUGUGUAAGCCAUGUCUUGCAGAGGAACCUUACCAGAAGCUGGCGAUGGAGACACUGGAAGAGUUGGACUGGUGUUUGGACCAGCUGGAGACAUUGCAGACGAGACACUCUGUCAGCGAGAUGGCAUCCAAUAAGUUUAAGAGGAUGCUGAACCGCGAGCUGACGCAGCUAUCUGAGACAAGCCGUUCAGGGAAUCAGGUGUCAGAGUUCAUUGCCAGCACCUUCUUAGAGAAGCAACAUGAUGUGGAAAUCCUGUCUCCACCUCCUAAGGAGAAGGAGAAGAAGAAGAGGCCGAUGUCACAGAUCAGUGGUGUGAAAAAGGCCACACAGAGCCCCAGCUUAGCACCCGCCUGCAUCCCUCGCUUCGGAGUCAGCACACAGCACGAAAGUCUGCUGGCCAAGGAGAUCGAGGACAUUAAUCGUUGGGGUCUGGAUAUUUUCAAGGUAGCCGAAUUUUCUGGAAACCGCCCUCUGACGGUGAUCAUUUACUCCAUCUUCCAGGAGAGAGACCUUUUGAAAACCUUUAAGAUCCCAAUUGACACCUUCAUCACCUUCAUGAUGACUUUGGAGGACCACUACCAUGCUGACGUAGCUUAUCACAACAACAUCCAUGCAGCAGACGUGGUCCAGUCCACCCACGUCCUCCUGUCCACCCCUGCUUUAGAGGCCGUGUUCACAGAUCUGGAGAUCAUGGCCGCUCUGUUUGCUAGUGCCAUCCAUGAUGUCGACCACCCAGGAGUCACCAACCAGUUCCUAAUAAACACCAGUUCAGAGUUGGCGUUAAUGUACAACGAUGCCUCGGUGCUGGAGAACCACCACCUCGCUGUGGGCUUCAAACUGCUCCAAGAAGACAACUGUGACAUCUUCCAAAAUCUCAGCAAGAAACUGAGAGACUCCCUCCGCAAGAUGGUGAUCGACAUGGUGCUGGCCACAGAUAUGUCCAAACACAUGAACUUCUUAGCAGACAUGAAGACAAUGGUGGAAACCAAGAAGGUAACGAGUCUGGGAGUCCUGCUGCUUGACAACUACUCUGACCGCAUUCAGGUUCUGCAGAACAUGGUCCACUGUGCUGACCUGAGCAACCCAACUAAACCGCUGGAGCUGUACCGGCAGUGGACGGACCGCAUCAUGGUGGAGUUCUUCACCCAGGGAGACCGAGAGCGGGACAAGGGCAUGGAGAUAAGUCCCAUGUGUGACAAACACAAUGCCUCCAUAGAGAAGAGCCAGGUGGGGUUCAUCGACUACAUUGUCCACCCUCUGUGGGAGACCUGGGCAGACUUGGUGCACCCUGAUGCCCAGGACAUCCUGGACACUCUGGAGGACAACAGGGAAUGGUACCAGAGCAUGAUCCCCCGCAGCCCAUCGCCCACCAGCCCCGAGGAGCACCAUGCCGAGGUGGGGCCAUCAGGAGGAGCUGUAGGAGCAGGAGGAUCUGUCCCUUCAGGAGGAGGAGGGGCAGGAGGAGGUGGAGUGGACAAGUUCCAGUUUGAACUCACUCUGGAGGAAGAGGAGGAGGAUGACGAAGAGGUGGAAUCUGACCUGGAGAGCCCCUUAGAGGAGGAGUCCCAAUGGGGUGGGGAGCGGCACAGGGACUCCUCCUCCCCUUCUCUGUCUCCAGACCCCCGCAGCAGCAGUAGUAGGUACCGCCCCCCCUCACCUCACCCAUCUCGGACCCUGAGUCUGACUUCAAUGUCUGUGCGGAGCCCCCAGCCCCACAGGACGCUGGCUUCCCUGGGACAGGAGGGCGUCGACAGGGACAGAGAACUGAGCCAGGAGGGCGACGGGGUGGCCUGUCUGCGUAUGGGCACGUAACAACCAGCACAACCUGCCCUGCCUGAGAGACAGAAGGGCUGGGUGUAAGGAGAUGGAGGCAGGGCAGGCCUUUACCAAUAAAGUCUGUAAAAUCACCACAGUCCCUUUACACUGGAGACACCCUCUCUGGAGAACAGAGGGACGUCCCCCCUCUGUUUUAUUUUAUUUUUCAGCAAUGAAGAAUUGUUUUAACCUCUCUUUGGGUGCCUGAUAGGCCUUUGUGUCCCGUCCUGCUUUGUUGUAGCUUUAGUUCAGAGUGUCCCAGAGACUGCUGCAAUUUAACUGGGAAGAAAAGCCGAGAUGUGAUACUCCAACAAUUACACAAGGUAAAGGAGAUGUCUUCCUCCAGUAAAACUGUUUGUGACGUUCGGACAAAGACAGUGAAUGCGGAUCAAGGUGGUUCGACAGGGUCUUGGAAAUUAUUUUGCACCACAGUUUUACUUUACGAUAUGAAAUGAUUGACUCAGUUUGGAAUAAGUGAGUAUGAUAUCUUUGUUUGAGAAUGAUGUGAGAAAUGAAUCAUUUUACCAAAUACAGGAUGUAGAUGAGCUGCGAAAAAAUCAAUGGACCUAAACCUCAGGGUAUGAAGAGAAACUAAAACUCCAAUGUAGCACGGAUGUAGUGGGUACCCCUGUCCUAACCCCGACCCCUAACUUUCUUUUCUGUUUGAUUUACCUCCAAAACUAGAGACUAACCUGUCUGUCUCUACAUUUAAGUAAAACCCUUUAAUGGAAAAUUUGGCAAUUGAAGCAAUCAAAUAAUAAAUAUUAAAACCAGCUUGCAGCAGCACAGAGAUUGAACACUGAAGAAGACUGAAACCCCAGUCUCACCUGUUGACUAUAAAAGACACCACCUGUAUAAUUUAAGCUUUAUUUUUUUACCUGAGGUGAUUUUAAAUAGUGUCAUUGUUUUAGGUUUUGAUUUUCAAACAGUUCUUUGUUGUACACUUGCUGGUCUCGUCUGUGUUUAUGUGCUUAAAAAGCAUUUUUCUUUUCUUUUUUUUUUUUUUUAUCAGGGUGCCUCCGGUCCGCAGUAGCACUUUACCGUCUCUGCUGUUCAGCUCUUCUAUUCAGUCACACAAAAGGGCUUCACCCACUGUAGGCCUACUGAUCACACAAACACAGUACAGGAUAUCUGGUGCCAGGUACCAAAAGGCGGGGCAGGAAAGUAACUGAAAUUAUGUCUCAACAGGGAAUUUGAUGGCUAAGCCAACACCAAAACCCAUGACCUUCUGGUGGUCACGUAACACUGGAAUGUGUGUCAACUUUAUAACUUAUCCAUCAGGGCAGCACCUUCCUCUCUGAGGGAAAUUUCUAACUGCACCAUUUGUAAAAUCAGAGCCUCCUGUAGUGCUGCAUCCUGAGAGGACAGCAGCCUUUCAAAAUUUACAAAAUCUUUUUCAGUCUUGAUUUUAAAAGGCUCUUGUGGUUGUGAUUUUUUUUUGGCUUGACUUACAAAUGAAUAUUAGGUAGAUGACAUGUUUUUUCAAACUACAUCCAAUCUACAAACUGGAGCUCAGAGGCCUUUAGCAGCAUGUGAGUUCACUGUGAAUACCAUGGUUCUCUGGUUCAGUUAUUUUGGGAAGAAACUUUAAAUGAAACUGAACCUGAACAUUUCUUUUGAGCUACAAGAAUGAUUUAAAUUACCAUUUUCACUCUUUGACAUUUAAAAUGUCAAACCUCAGCCACAUGUCAAGACUUGUCUGUCACCAGUGUAAGCCAGCAAUUUAAUAUUGUAGUUUGAAAAAGUUGAGGGAUUGAUAAGAGACAAAAUGAUCAAAAGCCAGGCAGCAGAGGUAGCAAUAUCCUGACUUUUUAGCCUGGGUUAUAUUUUUGUGUAGAACUAAUACAUUUCUGUGUGCGCCUACGCCAUAGCCUACACAAGUGCCCUAUGCCAUUGUGAGCAUUUAUACUUGUGCACUGGUGUGUCUUUGUCACCCUGCAAUUAUGCCGCUGUGCUGAGUUUCUUCAUCUACAGGGGCAACUGAACCCGAGCGUAUCCUGUUGGAGUUGGAGCUAAUAAAUGUUGAACAACCGUUACUUUUACUGAAAUUAUCAAAAGGCGUUGGAGGACAUGGCGUGUAGGACCACUGAACUGAUUGAGGCAAAAGGAGGGUGAAUUUUCUGUGCUUGUCAGGCCACUGAGAGACAUGCUACCAAGAGGAUGAGGUUGUUGUCAGAGUCGCUGCGAUGUAAAGUUACAUUUCUAGAGAAAUGCACAUCAGGCUGUGGAGUAAGCUAUGUUUUUCAUUAGACCCUGCCUGUCUGGUAAAUGGCCAGGUUUUAUUUAAACUCUGUGCUCCAGGGUUUCCAUUAUUAAUCUGUAAUCUCAGGCCCAAUUUUAAAAUAACUCUGAUGACAUCACUAUGAAUUGACAGGGUAAUUUUUUUCAGACUUUAGAAAACUUUCUUCAGAGCCACAUUAGACAUUAUAAAACUGUUUUAACAGGCUGUACUUGAAUAAAUUGAGUUCUGUGUCUAAAAGUAGUGGAACGCCCCUUUAAUUAAUCUUCUUCUCCUUUUGCCUUAAAUCAAUAAGAAUCUGAAAAUUCCAAAACCACUGCGAUGUUACUUUCCCACCCUGCCAACAGGUACUGCUGUAGAGAAUACAAGGAGUAGCGCUUCACAAGUUUCUGAGAGAAAUGUAUCACCUGUAGUUAAAACUAAACUGAUCAUGUUCCAUCAGGUUAUCAGUCUUAUAUGGUCGUUAGUGCUCAACUGGGAUAACUGUGUGCCAUAAGUGUUGAAAACACACAAACACCUGCCAGCCUACGAUGCUGUACAUUUUUACACUAGAGAUUUUAACCUGAUGAUUGUAUCAAAGUCAUUGACUUUAUAGUGUUAGUUUUUACGAAUGAUAGAUGUCAGCAGUACUCAAAGCAGACAAUUUAAUAGAUUUUGUGCAACUUAGGAUAAGUCUGUUCAGCCCUUUCCUAAUCAGAUAGCUGAGACUUGAGAAUGUCUGUAGUUUCAAGAGUUUCAUGAUUCUUUCUGUACCAAGUACACAUUCAGUCUAGAGCAGUGUUUGUCGCCAUCACUGAGGUAGAAAGACCAGGGAGUAAACAAGCACUACACAGGAUAUGAUGCACUUCCUGGUCAGGCAGUAGUAGAAAACACUAGUCUAACAGUAUUUAAUUAACUCAGCUAGUAAGCUUUAUUGAUCAGCCUUACAUGUGAAAGGAGAGAUUGGAACCUGGUGUUAAAAGACCAUUUUGCUGUUUGUAACAUGCUGAGCCUCAGAACAUCGUUUGACUCACUGUCCUCCCUCAAGAUGUUUCACAGGUUCCUUCACAGUUCUGAAGAACUGGAAAAAUAAGAAAAGUUCUUAUUGCCAGGCCUUAACAUUUGCCAUAAAAAAUCAGAAUACAUUCAUAAAACUUUGCAAUUCUAACAUGACAAGUGUUUAGUGUUUUAGUUUCAUUUCAAUCAUUUUGAGUUGGUCCAGAGAGUUUAGAAAGAGUGCCAUCAACUCAUAUAAGAGCCAGCUGAAAAGUCAUAAAACUGGAGCUGUAAUAUUCUGGUUUUGCCCUUUUAGACAUCUUUAUUCUGUCAUUUCACAGAAUAAAUAUUAUUUGCUAUUAAAGCAAAUGCAAUUAUCAAAUGAUAAUUGGAAAUGCAUCUAUGUAAAACACUUGUAUAUUUUUCAUGUGUUCCGAUUGCAUACUUUAUUUAACAAAAAUUAACCACAGAUGCCUUCAUGUGAUGAAAGCGACAUGUUAACCUCAGCAGGUGGAGCUUUUUCCUCAUUAGCAGCAGAGGAUUUAUUUUGGUUAUUCACAGAAUUUACCUCUAGCACCAUCAACAGGACAAAGUUUAUACUUGCACACAAGAAAUGCCAGAAUCUAGAGGGCAGAUCACCAUGUAAAGUGAUUAGUUUUUUGGCCUUUUCUUUAGCAUCAACGUGACCUAGCUACCUUUUCUACCUGCACUAUUGGUAAAGCUCUUUUUUUUUUUUUUUAACAUGAAGCACCUUCAUAUUGUUGUGAGUGGGGCUUUAAACUUGCUCUCUGGGGCUGUAGUCACAACUUUACCAUUAAGCUUAUUUAAGUCACCAAACAGACACCAAAAAUAUUCUCUAAAUAUUUCUUUAUGUGUGCAGUGUAAACUUCUAGUCCACCUGUAAUAAGAAAGAAAAUUUCCCCCAAGGCAGUUAAACUUUUGAUAAUAUGUUGAUGUUUAAUAAGAUGGAAAAAGGAGCUCAAACACCAGCAAGAAGUUAAACAUUUGAAUAUAUAUGUAUUGCAUACAUACAGAAAAGCAGUCCAACAAUGUAAAAAUUCUUCUUUAACAUGGUCUUCUUCUCAAGAUUUGUUUGAACCAUCUGCUUAAUUUUCAGAGAAAAGUAGUCUUACAUGUAAAAAUCCUGAAAUUAUUUAUCUAAGCAAAAUUCUGAGCUUCCUGCUAUGUGACAGCUAUAGCAGAUCUCUAUUAGCUCUCCAACAGCAGAACCGACAGUGAUGAGUUUUUACUUUUCCAGUUUGCAUGGAAUAAACUAGCACCGGGUAGUUUGCACAAGCAGUGACAUCCACUGUGGCUGAUAAGAAAUGCAACAUACAACACAAAGACAAGGACAAAUUCCAAAGCAUUUCAGUUUGACAUGAACAGAAACAUGUCACUCUUUUUUAGGAAAAACAUCAUGUUCAGUGUGGCAGUUUCAUUACGUGGGAUGUUUGUGAAUCUGAAACAUUUAACAUCUUUUUCUAAUGCAGUUUUCAGUCACCUGAAGGUUUAGUGUGUAGCUCAGUGAUCUGAGGCAUUUCAUCGGCAUGUUAAAUUCAGCACUGUGGCUCUUUACAUGAAGACAUCAGUGCCAUACAGUGUUAAAAUGUGUUGACGAGCAGCAGAGUCCCUGCUCUCGCUCCGUUAUUGUGUUGUGCUGAUACUGCCACCAUUAAUGUUCAUGCUGUCUUGUUUUUUCAGCCUCUGUGUCGUACAAACUUCUAUAGAUAUUUAUUCUUCAAAACAUUUCUGUCGAGACAAAGUACUGUAACAUAGGACAUUUGAUUUUAUGUUCUGGAGCCUAAAAAUCAAGUAUACUUUACAAGUAUGUAUACUUCUGCCACUCCAGUGUUUUUGUCAGAGAAAAUAAAUAUAUUUUUGUUUUUAAGCCAAAAGAGUCUCGGGAGUUCAGGGUGUUUUAAGUGGAAAAUGCCAAUAAAUUAUAUGGA